CAGCUUCAUUCACGACUGCUAUUGAGCUGAUCCGCCCAGCUCUCGAUCCACACCGCUCCAGCACAGUUUGCCUUCAGCUUGUCGAGAGCUGCACGGCCUCCCAAGUGUUUCACACCGUUGCCACGAGAAACGAUCGCACUCAUGGCUACUGUCGACCCUGCGCUGCAGGAUCCCCUUCUCGCGCUCCGCCGGGCCAUCGCAGCAUCCAGCCUACCGACUCCGACGACCUCUGCGGAUCUCUCUGCUGAGAAUGCAACCGAGGACCUGGCGCAGGCGACUCAUCUCUACUUCGCCCAGCCCAUACCGCAGUCGCUUCCGCUGUCGACGCCGACGCGCUUCGUUUCCGCGAACGCCAACAAGGCUGUCGACCUGCGCAGCAUCUUCUUUGCCUGGUUGAAGAAAGAUGUCGCCAUUCCCGAGUACAUCGCGUCGGCGCAAGAGUUGAACGACGCGCUGAAGAAAAAGGAAGGGGCAGAAGAGGAGCAAGUUCAGAAUCUGGUCUUCGUCGAGCGGUUGGAUCUCAUCACUUGGCUCGAAGGUGCCUCUGAUGAGAGCGAGUAUAUCAAGCCUCUUGAGGGCGUUGCGGCGGCCGCUGCGCAGGGAGCAGAUGCAUCGGCCAAUGUCGCAUCAGGCGCGGCUGGUGGUGUACCGACUGUUCCCAGUGGAGGUGCCGGAGGCGCGGUGCCUGCUACGGGGCCGCAGACAGGGAAGUUGACAAAGAUCAUUGAUCCGCGGUUGCAGGAGAUCUAUAAUGGGGAGAGGAAGAUGGGUGAUCGGAACACGGUGUUACGAGGGAUCAAGUCAACGGACUUUUCGCAUGUUCGAAAGGUAGCAGAAUCAUUCCUCGGCCGCAACCGUUCGAGAAGCCAAUAUCCUCCUGGCGUCAAGCCUGGUACAAAGGCGCCUAUUCCCGCGCCAUCUGCAGGACUUCCCCUUACAAAGAAGCCCGGUCUGCCUGGACCUUCUUCUUCGCGCCGUCCCGACCCGAUCAUUCUCCUCUCGCCUUCUGCCUCCUCCCUCAUCCGCAUGUCAAACAUCAAAUCCUUCCUCCAGGACGGUGUGUUCAUACCACCAGACCACCCAUCCGUGGCCACGUCUACUCCCUCGAACAUCCUUCACAUCACCCGUCCACUGCGCAUUCUAUCAGACCCGAACCCCGCGGCCGCUGGACCGAUCGGUUCGAACACCGGAGCAAAGAAGCCCACGCGUUUCAUUCUGGUGGACAGCACGUCCAACUUCAAGCCGGACUAUUGGCAACGUCUUGUCGCUGUCUUCACGACCGGCCAGACAUGGCAGUUCAAGUCAUACAAGUGGUCUUCGCCUCCUGAGCUGUUCAAGCACGCGACGGGUAUCUACGUCGGCUGGAGAGGAGAAGACGUGCCCCGCGAAGUGAAGGGAUGGGGUCGCGGCGUCAAGAGCUUCGCUGUGGAGCGAUGGGACGAAAAGGGCGGAGUCCACGGAACUGGCCGUUGGAGAGACCGGGAAAUCGUAGAAGGUGUAUGGACAGCGAUCGAAGAAGGCAUGCGAGCGAGAGGAUGGGGAACAACGAAAUGAUCAGAAGCAACUUGUCCUGUUAUAUCUUUCCUCCGAUCGAUCCACGCGUACGAGUUUCCCCUCACGGCCUGUUUUCCCUUCUUUUUUCUACUAGUUCCUGGAGGAUCGGGGAUAUGACUCUCGAACACAUACAUACAUACAUAUACCUCUUUUCCCCUCCCUAAUCCUUCUUCUACCCCACCAUCCUUUUUCAUUUCCCACCGAAACAAGAAGGAGGAGAAAGAUAAAAUCGGUUCAUAUUCAAUCAUCAUCA